GCAGGGGGUUGUCCGCCCGCGGCACGCACAGCAGCCGCAGCCGCCUCGCGCCCGGUCCCGCGGUCGCAGCUGGAGCCGCAGCUUCCGCGCCACCGCCGCUCAAGCCGGUCGCUUCGUGAGUCGGUCCCUCCGGCACGCGAGCUCCCGCCGCAGCCGCCCUCCGAGCCGUUCAGGCCGCCCCGGUCUCCUCGUCCGGCCCGACCCAGCCCGCGAAGAUGGUGGACCGCGAGCAACUGGUGCAGAAAGCCCGGCUGGCCGAGCAGGCGGAGCGCUACGACGACAUGGCCGCGGCCAUGAAGAACGUGACAGAGUUGAAUGAGCCACUGUCCAAUGAAGAAAGAAACCUUCUCUCUGUGGCUUACAAGAAUGUCGUUGGGGCACGCCGUUCUUCCUGGAGGGUCAUCAGUAGCAUUGAGCAGAAGACCUCUGCAGAUGGUAAUGAGAAGAAGAUAGAGAUGGUUCGUGCUUACCGUGAGAAGAUAGAGAAGGAGCUGGAAGCAGUAUGUCAGGAUGUGCUGAGCCUGCUGGAUAACUACCUGAUCAAGAAUUGCAGUGAGACCCAGUACGAGAGUAAAGUGUUCUACCUGAAGAUGAAAGGGGACUAUUACCGCUACCUGGCUGAAGUAGCCACAGGAGAGAAAAGGGCGACUGUUGUGGAGUCCUCCGAGAAGGCCUACAGCGAGGCCCAUGAGAUCAGCAAGGAGCACAUGCAGCCUACUCACCCCAUCAGAUUAGGCCUUGCUCUCAACUAUUCCGUUUUCUACUAUGAGAUCCAGAAUGCCCCGGAGCAAGCGUGCCACUUGGCCAAGACCGCCUUCGAUGACGCCAUUGCUGAGCUCGACACUCUCAACGAGGACUCCUACAAGGACUCCACUCUGAUCAUGCAGCUCCUCCGUGACAACCUAACGCUCUGGACAAGCGAUCAGCAAGACGACGACGGUGGAGAAGGCAACAAUUAAGCCCCCCAGGUGGACUGGCUGCGCACGCUGAUGCUACUACUGCAGUCUUUAUUUUUUUCCCAUGAGUUGGGGGUCGGGUGGGGGAGGGAAAGGGAGGGGUGACCUUCCUAGGGAGAAACCCACGACCUGUCCUGUCUUUGAUUGCCUCUUUGACAUUUUUGCCAAAAUACCACUAGUGGAAAGUCAGGCUAGCUGUGCUGGUGUUGGAAUAGCAGCCUCACACUGGCAUAUGGACUGUUCUGUAGAUGAAUGCAAGUGGAGCUGUCUGUCUUUAAUUUAACUUAUUGCUAGAUGAUAAGGUUCCAAGAUGAAAAGAAAACGUGAAUGGAAUGGCCCUCAGUCAAUAAGUUCUGUGGUUCCAGUAAGGAUUUUUAUGUACAUAUGCUUUUGUCUUAAGUUUUGGAUACUUUCUAUCUCAUUUGUUUUAGCUGUGCAUUUUUUUCAGGGUGUACUCUACCAGACAUGGAAUAGGUUAGAUCCCAAACUGACAGACUUAGAACAUAAGGUACAUUUAUCCUUAUGGUUUAGGCCUUGCCGGUUUCCUGAAGUCUCUGAUUAGUUGACAGUAUUAACACUAAAUUGCAGUUUACAGUGUAUCUACAUUACAGCCAUAUGUAACAUCAAGCCGUUGAUUGUGUAUUUUUCUUUGCUAGUUAUUUUGGCUUUAAAUCUUUAUUCAGCUUUAUCCAGGUUGGUUUUGCUGUUACCUGUCUCCUGCUUGCCUGUGGAGAAUCAUAGCUACUUUAGGUUUUAGUAACAGGUGCUUGGCAGGUGGCUGUGGGAGUUUUGUCCUUUCUUCCUCUUGAGUCCAGGAAAAUUUUAAUCACUUUGUUAGAAAUGUUAAACACCACAAAAACAGAAAAUUCAGGUCUGUAUGUCAUUUAUUGUGUUGGUAUUUUCAAAGAAUAUCCUAAUUUUUAAAACACCACAGCUCCUUCCUCAGGGAUUACACUGCCACUUCACUUUUCACUUGAUUCUUUCCCACUGUACCUUACGUUGAUGGCACUCAGUUGGGCUGUACAAGUUGUGUGGUCAUUUUGAGGAAGUUUGUGGUGCAGUGUGAAAAUUCAGGUGCUAGAAGCUUAUUGGUAGGAAAAUCCAAAAGGAAGAGCUAUAUUCAUACAUAAACAUUCUGUCAAAUUUAGGGAUCCUUGCAAGUGUGUCAGUUUUUACUCCCAGAAAACACUCCUUCCCCAGGUACUUGUAGGAAGAUAAACUAAAAUUAUUACCAGGUAAUAAAUAAAUAACUCCGAUUUGGCCAAAACUUUUUCUGUAUACUUUUUUCUUUUAAUGAAAGCAUAGACAUUGAAGAGUCACUUCUCUCUUGUGCAGUCAGUGCACAUUUUGAAAUUGAAGGAAGCUACAUUGGUCUUUCCACAAAUUUGUUUUCAGUUGGCCUUAGGUCCCUCAUUCUCAUUUUGGAUAAAUCUUUACGUAAAUAUGACCUGUUACACGUGUGUUGAGUUUUUGUUUUGUUUUGUUUAUAAAAUCAGUAACAGUGUGAACUCCCAAGAAUUGAGUAAUGGCAUCAAACUUGUUUGUUGAUUUAGGCAAGGAGAGGAAUUGAGGCAAUUGAGGAAGAACUGACAGAUGCUUCUGCUGAUACCAAAUUUGAGCUUGUAGUUAUGAGAUGGAUAUGUGUAACAGGAACCAGGUGCUGUGAAGCUGGAGAAAGAGAUGAUGUGGAAUCAGUGCACUCUGUGACGUUGCAGCUUACCCAGCAUGACUAUCCUUAGAAGGUCCCUCCUUGGGCUUGAGUAGAAGUCCCAGUUAACUGAACCUCACCAGAAGAACCAGUAGAGGAAAGCUUGGUGCCAUUGCAGGAAUCUAGAGUAAAUGCCGUGGAUGGGGGUGGGGGGAAGGCGGGGCUCUCUCUAAAUUAACUUCAUGUCCAGUGAGCAGUGUUGUGUCUUUCCUUGUAGCAUUUGGAAAUGAUUUACUGGAAUUACAAAACCUAUUUUUCUUUUAAAUUUCAGCUUUGGCUCUGGCUGCUUUUUAGAAUAAUGCAGGAUAAAAUACUUGAGGGCUAAAAAUGAAGAGGGAAAAGGAAGACUUGAUAUUUAAGCAGCUUGAAUGGUUUCUUUUCUUUAUUUUUAAAGAAAUGCACUUGCCUAUGAUACUGUCUCUCCAGUGAAAUGAUUACUCCUCCAUUACUCUAUUGAUACAAUAUUGUGCAUGCUAGUGUUGUAUUUCUAUACAGUAGCUUGGAAUUUAUUAACUUAUACUGUAGGUGUUAUGUAUUCCUAUGACAAAAAUUUAAGUCUUCAAAUUUUUAAAAUUUUUUUUUAAUUUAAUUUUUCUUUUUGGGGGUAAAGUUUGCUCUACCAAAUAGUGAUUGUAACAAAUUGAUCUGUUUUGGAUGUUGCUAUAGUGACAUGCAGUUAUAUAUUUUGUUUUUUUUGGGGGGUGGGGAGUUAAAGAAACACCAGUGUUAGCUUAAUCUUAAUGUCUGGUGUUUGUCAUGGUGAAAUAAUAACCAUUACAGUGUAGGAGAACAGCGACUGUUCUCUGAAUGAGCCUUUGUGCUUUUUGUCAUGUUAUGCAGUGAACUAUUUUUAAGGUCUAAUCAGUGAUUAUUUUUCCAACUCCGUGUUUCUCUAAGGAAUUAUUUCACACACGGACCAUUCUUAGCGGUUUUCCUCAGUGAUGGAAUAUCAUGAAUGUGAGUCAUUAUGUAGCUGUCGUACAUUGAGCAAAUAAACUUACAGAUCUGAUGUUA